AUGUCGACGACCACCACUGCUGUCACCAGUGAGGUCAGCUCACUACGCCUCUCCGCCGAGGAAGUUAGACUUCCAGCUCCUCGCGAUGACCGAAAGUCGCGCUUACAACAAGUCGUCGUGAUCACCCAGCUGUUUGCCGUCACUCUCACAGCCAGCGUAAUCAAUGGCUUGGUGGUAGUCGGACUCCCCACCAUCACUGCAGACCUCCAGCUGCCUCCUUCGCUUUCCCUCUGGCCCUCCUCGGUAUGCAGUCUCGCCACGGCCUCUACACUUCUUCUAUCCGGCUCAAUUGCCGACACCAUCGGCCCUCGAUGGGUGGAACUGGUGGGAUCUCUCGCCAGCGGUGCAUUGAUGCUCGGACAGGGCCUAUCGCAAACUGGUAUUGAGCUGGUCAUCAUGCGAGCCUUCCAAGGUGUGGGCCUCUCAAUGCACCUUGCAUCAUCGGUGUCCAUCGUCACCCAGCUUUUACCUCCUGGAAAAGGUCGCAACCUGGCAUUCUCCUGCAUAGGCCUUAGCCAGCCAUUGGGCUUCUCAUUAGGUCUAGUAGUAGGCGGCAUCCUGAUCGAUACUAUCGGCUGGCGCGCAGGCUGGUACAUCGCCGGAGGAAUCACUCUCUUCUUCACCGUCAUCGGACUGUGGUCGUUACCCAAGAGCCCUGUCCAGCGAGACGGACACAUCCUCCGCAAUGUGCGGACCAAGAUCGACUGGGUGGGAGCUGGACUAGCAUCAGCAUUCAUGGCCUUGCUCUGCUACUUGCUCGCCAUCCUCAGCGCAAACCCCUCCCGCAUCCGCUCCGCAGAAAGCAUCAUCAUCCUCUGCGUCGCCGCCAUCGCCCUCCCCACCUUCAUCACCUGGGUGCACUUCCAAGUAAAGCGCGGCAAACCAGCAUUGAUCCCCAACGCAUUAUGGAAAAACACCUCUUUCUCGAGCAUCUGCGCCACAGUGGCCCUCUCCAACGCCGUAAUCAACUCCAUGGAACUCUUCGCCAGUCUAUUCUUCCAAGAAAUCCAGUCCCUCAGCGCCCUCGGCGCCUCCAUCCGCAUCCUCCCCAGCCUAAUCGUCGGGGUCCUAAUCAACCUCGUAAUCGGCUUCUUCGUGCACCGCAUCCCCGCCUACUGGAUCGUAACUAUCACCUCCUUCUUCUGCGCCCUCUCCCCGCUCCUCAUGGCCGUGAUUGACCCAACCCAGACAUACUGGGCCAAUGCCUUCGUCGCGCAGCUCCUGCAGCCUAUCAGCGCGGACGCGCUCUUCACGGUGGGGUUGAUCGUCAUCACGAAUGUGUUUCCGGAUGAUACGCAGGCGUUGGCGGGAGCGGUGUUUAAUACCUCGGCGCAGUUUGGGAGUGCGUUGGGCAUGGCGGUGUUGCAGGUGAUUUCGACGGUGGUGAGUGAGGAGAGGGAAAAGGGUGGGGAGGGAGAGAAGAAGGCGUUGAUGGAGGGAUAUCGGGCGAGUUUUUGGACCAUGUUUGGGUUGAUGGUGGUUUGUACGGCGGUUGGGUUUUGGGGGUUGAGGAGGUCUGGGAGGGUGGGGUUGAAGAGGGAUUAG